GCUAGAAGUUUUAAAUGAUUCUCCUGUUUCUACAAAGUACCCAGCUUCUGGAUAAAGUGUACAAGUAAUUUUAUUUCAGAGCUUCCAAAAGAUGUUAGGGAACCCAGCUUCCCCAAACAGCAAAUGAAACAAAAUAGACAAAGGAACUGGUUCUAUGAGAGCUGAGGAACAUUAGGACAAGGCAAGGACAGUACCAGUUGUGGGAGAAUAAACUAAUGCAGUCUAGGGCAGUCGAUGGAUUUCAUUCAGAAGAACAGCAGCUUUUGUUGCAAGUUCAGCAGCAGCAUCAAUCCCAGCAGCAGCAGCAUCACCACCACCACCACCACCAGCAAGCUCAGCCUCAGCAGACGGUACCUCAGCAAGCGCAGACCCAACAGGUCCUUAUUCCUGCCUCACAGCCAGCUACAGCACCACAAGUUAUUGUUCCUGAUUCUAAGUUGAUACAACAUAUGAAUGCAUCAAGUAUUACGAGUGCUGCUGCUACAGCUGCCACCUUGGCACUCCCUGCAGGGGUGACUCCUGUUCAACAGAUACUCACGAAUUCAGGCCAGCUGCUUCAGGUGGUCAGAGCAGCCAAUGGUGCCCAGUAUAUCUUUCAGCCUCAGCAGUCAGUUGUUCUACAACAACAAGUUAUACCACAAAUGCAACCUGGUGGAGUACAAGCACCUGUUAUCCAGCAGGUCCUAGCCCCACUUCCUGGAGGGAUUUCACCACAGACAGGUGUCAUCAUCCAGCCACAGCAAAUCUUAUUUACAGGAAAUAAGACUCAGGUCAUUCCUACAACAGUGGCAGCCCCCACCCCAGCACAAGCACAGAUACCUGCAGCUGGACAGCAGCAGCCACAGGCCCAGCCUGCUCAACAGCAAGCUCCAUUGGUGCUCCAAGUUGACGGAACAGGGGAUACAUCUUCUGAGGAAGACGAAGAUGAAGAAGAAGACUAUGAUGAUGAUGAGGAAGAAGAUAAAGAGAAAGAUGGAGCUGAAGAUGGACAGGUGGAAGAAGAGCCCCUCAACAGUGAAGAUGAUGUCAGUGACGAGGAAGGGCAGGAACUCUUUGACACAGAAAAUGUUGUUGUAUGCCAGUAUGAUAAGAUACACAGAAGUAAAAAUAAAUGGAAAUUUCAUCUCAAGGAUGGCAUUAUGAAUCUUAACGGAAGAGAUUAUAUAUUUUCCAAAGCCAUUGGAGAUGCAGAGUGGUGAAGAGUUGCUUCUUUUAUAAAUAAGACAAACUUAAAAAGUUAAAAUGGACGGUUUGAAACUUGGGACAUAUAUCAGCCAAAACUUCACUUCUGCAUGUCAGAAAAGCGCAGUAGAAGCAACGCUACUGGAGCCAAGCUAGACCUUGACCACAUAGACACUACUUCAGACUGGCAAGCCAUGGAACUGUAGCACCUGGGGUUGCUGGGCGGGGGGAGGGGUUUGUGUAGGAAACUGUAACUGUCAAUUUUAAAUACAGGAACCUGCCAUUGGUAAUUAGCAUGUAAAGCUUUGUCUAUAUUUGUUUCUCCAAGUUGGGCUCAAUCAGAAGAUACUUGUUGGAAUGACCUGAAGAAAUGACCCUUUUGAUAGAUUGAACUGAAACUGCUUAUUGUAUGUGGUUAUAUUUGGUAAAAAUUGCGUGUGAGCUUUUUACAGAAGGGCAAGAAUUAUGGUGUUGAAUUUUAAUUCACUUGUAUAAGAAAAUUUAAAACUCAUAGGUCUUAAAAUGUUUUUACUUGUUACUCUCCUCAGUAAUACAUACCUCUCGCUUCCCGGCUGUACGAGCAUCUAUGUAAGAUUUAAAGACGAGGAUCAGUGGUCACAGUGUGGAGAGAUGCUUGAUUUAACUAGGUUUUCAUACCUGUUAAAUGUAACUUAAAGACUUGGGUCUUACCUGUGUUGACUAGAGUUAAAGUGACAGCUUAAUUUCCAUACAGAAAAACUGCUCAGUCCCAUUCUAGAAGAGGAAACCCCAAAUUGGCUCCUCAGGAAUAUGUUUUUAUUUCACAAAGGUACCACCGAGCUGCAAUUGUAUAGUACAUGUGAUAUGUGAGGGCUUUUCUUGCUGGGCCACAGUGUGUGCUUGCCUGUUAUGUAAGCCCUGGGGUGAUACUCUGUACAUUGAUCUAAGAAGCAGAAGGGCAAGUGAUGAGGACUGGAUUUUUAUUAAACAAUUUAGUAAUUAUAAAAGUUUCUUGUGUUUACUAGUAAAGGAUUUUAGAAAUUAUUUUAAUUAAACAAAAUUUUAAAAAAUUUGUAAUUCGAGGGAAAGGUUUGAGGGUGGAGGGGAUAGAGGAAAGCAGGCCACUAAACACAAAUUUACCUCUUUUUCACUUGGUGGCCCUUCCAGGCCAUUGGUGAUGGAGACUUGGGCUCCAAUUUGCACAUUGGAAAGAAAAUACAGAGAUUUGACUUGUAUAUUAAAAACUCUAGACAUUUACUGUGUGUUGAGAGUGUGUAGCUCUGUUCCUGAGAGGAGCUCCAUAGAACAAAGGCAGCCUCCUGGGACCUGCAGGCGUGCUCGCUCACCUCACUUCUGUCCUAGUGACUAACAAGAUUUGCAUUCGAGUUAACUUGCCUGUUGACUUUUUUUUUUAUGUCUUCCAUUUUUGUCUUCCUUUAUUUUGACUUUAUGUAGUUCUGGAAGUAACACAUAAACUAAAGUAUAUCACAAAAGAAAAACUGUGAGCUAUAUAGUGCUUUUUUAAGAACAUAUUUUAAAAUUUCUAAAUGCAGUUGAUUUCUCCUCUCCACUUCUCACUCUACUGAACCAAUUUAUGUUGUGAAAUUUGGUAUCGGUGGUGGGGUCUUAACAUGAUAGGAGUUAGAUUUUGCUUAUAUUCCAUAACUGAUAAUACAGGUUUUUUAAACAUUUUCUUUGUUUUCUUACGGUAGCUUUUGGGAGGACGUUUGUUUAAUCUCCUAUUCUCAAAGCACACAGCAGUUCCAGUUUAAGUGUAAAACUUGGUGAACGGAGAGAACAGAAUCCCGUGAGUUGUUGAGUUGUCCCUCGGUGUGGUUUCUAGGUUUGCGUUUACUCCGUGAAAUCAGUACCCUGAACUACCUGUGGCAGCCCAGCAGUGCCGCUUCAGUGAACCUCAGGCCGAUAGUAGUUAUUACGCUAAUCCAGCACACGUCCUGCCUUGCUGUGUAGUCAAACAUACUUAAGGUUAGCAUUGUCCACUGGCCUGUUUUUUCUAGCUAAACAUUCUCAAACGUGAACAACCACUUCUUUCAGAGUGACACACACACAGAGGGGCUAUCUUGAACCUAGGUAUUGCCUAAUAGUAAUGGCAUCCUGUACAAAUGCUUUGAUCUGGGAAAGCUUGGAAAACUGCUUCCAGUAGCCCCGCAUACCAGACUGCUCUUACAUGCUGUUAUGUCGUGUUCCUUUUAAAUCAAGUAGCAUGCCAUGUUCUUUAGUAUAGUAGCUUUUGCUGUGUAAAUGUCACUUGCUUUGCAUUCUCAAUCAUGCUUUCGCCAUUUCAUUUAACUGAUGAUGUCAUUAAGUUCUACUAAAGUGUCAUUCCUUUGGAAAGCAAGGGAUUCCCACGUGCAGAAUUUUAAGAUGAAAGUAGCAUGCUUAUCCAAAAGGUGGAAAUUGGGACGCAAGCAGAAGCUGAUCUGUUUGGAUUUGUACCCAUAGUGAUGGCACCUUUUAUGUGACAUAUUGCCAGUAAUGCUAAGGUCAGUUUACACAGAUGACUAACGUGGAAAUGCGUGCCUUUCAGUAGAUGAGCUCUUGCCUGGUGGUUGACUGUAUUCUCACACUACCUGAAUGCCCGAGAGCACACGUGGUUUCUUAGAGUAACACAACUUUGGCCUAUGAGGUUUCUAGAGCCAAACAGGAUAGGAGGAGAUCUUUAUAUUUGAAAUGUUCACAUUUCUGUUAAAUAUACAUGUCACAUUUGCACUGUUGCCAUUUUAAAAAUCAGGUUGGCAUCAAGAGUCAUGCAGUGUAUACAGUGAUUGAAAUGUGUUAUUGACAAGCAUACCAUAUUCUGGCUUUAGAAGACAAUAUAAAAAAUACUAGUUUUUAUAUAAAGGCUUUCUUUUGCUGUAUUGAAAAUCAAGUUUUCUUCUGGUGGCUUGUAUGGACGAAUGCAGAGUUGUCUCCCUCUGAGAAUAUUAUUAUUUUUUUUUAUAUUAUAGCAAUAAUGUCACCAUAUUAGAGGAUAAGUAUUCCUUGUAUAAGAACAGACAUAUCUCCUCUUAGCAAUUUUCCCUUUAUAACAGCAUUUUCUUCCACUUGAGAAGACUCUUAUAUUUUCAUAUUACUUCACCUUGAACUUUUGAGCUUUUGUGCAAUGUGCUAUUUUAUUGAUCUUUGGAUGUUUUCAUUUCUUGUCUCCUGCCUACCUGUCUGAAAUAGCGAUAACAGAUGUUGAAGUUUUUGGUUAAUGGUUUUAUGUGUUUUCUCAUCUUUAUUGUUCAGUUUACCUUUUAAAUUUGUUACCCUUAUGGAAAUUAUUCUGGUUUAUAUUCUUUCCCCUGGAAGCCCACCUUUGCCCUUCUGUUAUCUUCUUUUCAUGCAUGAUUUAAGGAAGAUUGCAUCAAAUUUAAUAUUUCUAUUUUUGAAGAAUAAAAGCUUCCUCUCGUUUCUGGGGAGAAGAAAACACCAGUGAAUAAAUAAAAUAAUUGGUUGUUGAGCCAAGCUUCCUUAAAUCAGUUGAGUAUGCAUCGGGUUACGCCGGGUGGGAGGGGCUGGUCCGCAGCUGUUCGCAGCUACUGUUGUCCACUGCUGUUGUACAUACUGUUCUGUGUAAGGGCGUAAAUAUAUUUAUUAUGUUUGUAAAAUUCAUUCUGUACACUUGCAGAUCAAGGUUGCUCUUCUGUGAUAUAUCGGGUGUUAAGUUUUAAAGACCAUCUUGGAAUACAAUUAAAGAGCUUAGUAUUUUGAUGUACUAAGACUAUUUUAAGUUUAAUAUUUUACCUUGCAAAAACUUUAAUUAAAGAUGUUAUUUAAAAAAAAAAAAGUAAUGUUGCUUGCUUUGCUUACUAGUCAGUGUCAUUGGUAUAUGGACAACUGAGUAAAAUCAUACAGUUUAGACAGGAAGUUCAACGAAAAUAGGGAUAUUGUUAAAUUUUGUACCCUUAGUUAAAUUCUGUACCUAUAAGGGUGGGGUUUGGGGUGCCAGACUGAAUUGUUAAACUGUGUUAGAAAUUCUUAAGUGCUUUCAAAAGUUGUAUUUUCCGGGCACAGAAGCAUUUAGGAUGGGUAAAUUCACACCAACUAAAUGUAAAUUAAGGUUAAUAUAAUUAACAUUGUAUUAAAUGAGUAUUUGUACUCACAAAGCUUAGAUCACAUAGGAUAAAGUUAUUAAGAACAUUGUUUCAUUUGUUUGGCUAAACUGUUUUUUCUCAGUUCAGAGUUUGUAAAUAAUUGCUUAUUAGGAGAUUUGGAUUAUUGAGGUUUGUAUUACAUAUUGAAUAUAUUUUGUGUUACUUUAGAAGAUAUUAAAAUUACUAGCAGUAUUUUGAUUUUAUAGUUAAUUCAAAUGAAUCAUUAAGAGCUUGCCUUUUUGUAAUUUUUUAUCCUGUUAUAAACUACUUUAAGGAAACAUGCAGAUUUUAACUAUUAAAUAAUCAUAAUAAAGAUAUUUUAUUUAUUGGCAGCA